AUGGGAACAGAUUUCGAGGAGGAAGUCGACAAACUUAGACGAAACCAUUACAUUGAUCAGUUGAUCGAGAAAGGCGCAUUCGGAGGCAAAGACGCCGGCCUGGAGUCUAUAGCUGCAGGUGGUAUGCACUCCUUGCUGCUUGACGAGAACGGCACGAUAUGGACUUGCGGGUCAAACGACGAGGCUGCCUUGGGUCGGGUCACACGAAAGGUCACAGAUCCUCUCGAUAAGAAUUAUGGACGGACAGUGGAUGAUUUGACCUCUAUACCGACGACGGUCCCUGUCGCUGUCCAGAGCUUGGUGUAUGACGGUUUCCGCACUGUCAGAAUUGCUGCUGGGGACAGUGUGUCCGCCGCUAUCGACGCUCAUGGGCAACUGCGAAUAUGGGGUACAUUUCGUGCUGCAAGCGGGGUCAUUGGGAUUUCGAAAGGGACUCUGUACCAGUACCAUCCGAGCCCGAUACCUGAACUUGGCGCCCACAAGUUUGUAUCUGCCGCCGCUGGCAACAACCACCUCGUCCUAUUGACGACCCAUGGCGAAGUCUACACGCUGGGCGUCGGUGAAGUCGGUCAGCUAGGCCGACGGGUCAUCGAACGACGUCGGAUCAGCGGCACGGUUCCCGAGAAAGUUGUCCUUGGCUCGCGCAAGAGGAAAGCUGUGGUCGUCGGUGCCGGCGGAGAUCACUCGUUUGCUGUCGAUGAUCAGGGCAAUGUCUGGGGCUGGGGUUUGAACAGCUUGGGUCAGACGGGGACCGGAAAGCGGAGUGGAAAUGCCGACCUGAUCGUCCAGUUGCCGAAGAUUGUCAUUGGCCUAAGCAAAGCUGAUUUGGGUGGCGCUACCGUGGUCGAGAUUGCAGGAGGAAGUUUCCACACACUCUUUUUGACGUCGGAUGGAAGGGUAUACGCAUGCGGGAAGUCGGACGAGGGAGAGUUGGGAAUCGCAUAUGACGACCGCGCCUUCGUUGAUCGGGACUAUCCGAAUUGCCUUCCUCAUCCCGAGCUUAUCUCGUUCCCUGAUGCCGAUGACCCAGUCGUGCAUGUUUCGUGUGGAACUCACAGCAAUAUGGCAGUCACGCAGGCAGGAGCACUCUACGCCUGGGGUCGGCAGGUCUGUUCCGAACUUGGAUUAGGACAUGACAGGGAUGUACACACACCUGCUGUUGUCGUUCGUAGGGAGGGCGGAUCGUGGUCUGCGGUGCUGCCAUCUUGUGGAGGUCAGCAUUCGCUGGUGCUGCUCAGAAAGAAGAAUUGA